UCCUCGGCGGAGCGGUGGCCAGGAGCCGGCAGAGCCAUGGUGCCCAUCGCCCUGGGGGCUCUGCUGGCCCUGCUGCCCCUCGCCUGGGCGCCGCAGAGACAAGGUUCCUGGCGUGGGGGCCAGACACCAGAGCCCGCCUUGCGUCGCCUGUCCCACUCCCUGCUGGUUCACUACCAGAAGGACACCCGGCCCGUGCGGGACUGGAGAACCACCACCAACGUGGCCAUCGACCUCAUGGUCUACGCCAUCCUCAGCGUGGAUGAGAAGAACCAGGUGCUGACCACCUACAUCUGGUACAGACAGCACUGGACGGACGAGUUCCUCCGCUGGGACCCGGCGCGGUUUGACAACCUGACGCAGAUCUCCCUCCCCGUGGAGAGCAUCUGGGUGCCCGACAUCCUCAUCAAUGAGUUCGUGGAUGUCGGAAAGUCCCCCCACGUCCCCUAUGUCUACGUUAGCCACCACGGGGAGGUGCAGAACCUCAAGCCCAUCCAGGUGAUGACAGCCUGCAGCCUGGACAUCUACAACUUCCCCUUCGACGUCCAGAACUGCUCGCUCACCUUCACCAGCUGGCUGCACCACAUCCGCGACAUCAAUCUCUCGCUGUGGCGGCAGCCGGAGCUGGUCAAGUUCGACCGGAGCGUCUUCAUGAACCAGGGCGAGUGGGAGCUGCUCUACGUCCUCAGCAGCUUCCAGGAGUUCAGCGUCAAGAGCAGCGACAGCUACGCCGAGAUGAAGUUCUACGUAGUCAUCCGGAGACGCCCCCUGUUCUACACCGUCAGCCUGCUGCUCCCCAGCAUCUUCCUGAUGGUUAUGGACAUCGUGGGCUUCUACCUCCCUCCCAACAGUGGCGAGAGGGUCUCUUUCAAGAUCACCCUCCUGCUGGGCUACUCGGUUUUCCUCAUCAUCGUAUCCGACACGCUGCCAGCUACGGCAGUCGGCACCCCCUUGAUAGGCAUCUACUUCGUGGUGUGCAUGGCGCUGCUCGUCAUCAGCCUGACGGAGACCAUCCUGAUCGUGCGCCUGGUGCACAGGCAAGAUCUGCAGCCCCACGUCCCCGAGUGGGUGAAGCGCCUGCUGCUGGAACGAGCCACUGUCCUGCUCUGCAUCCGGGACAGGGACACAUUUAGCCAAAGCAGGACACAGAGCUCAGACAUCUCCAGGCAGACAGAGAAUGACAGCACAGCCAAGCUGAACCAGUACAGCUGUGAGGACCCCCGGGAGUGUGAGAUGGCGGGGGGCGCGGGUCCCGCAGCAGCCUCUGGGGCAGAGGGGUCCCCGCUGCUGCCCGGUGUCCUGCGGGAGAUCACCGCCAUCCGCCAGUUCCUGGAGAAACGUGAGGAGUUUCGCGACGUGGCCCGCGAGUGGCUGCAAGUGGGCUACGUGUUGGACGUCCUGCUCUUCCGGGCCUACCUGGUGGCCGUCCUGGCCUACACCAUCACGCUGGGCACCCUCUGGUCCGUCUGGCGGGACGCCUGAGGGGCGCCCACCCUUGGGUGCCGGCAAGGUGGGGGCCUCGGGCACUGGAGAGGUGGGGGCCUCGGGCGCCGCCGUGCUCAGAGGCCGCUCCUCGGCCCUGCGACCAGCCGGUGUUUGCUGGCCCAGGCCGGGA